AGCCAGAGAACUGGCUUUGAGUGUGUGUGUGUGUGUGUGUGUGUAAGGAAAGACAUCACAGACUUAUUCCAUCAGAUUGCCAAACAUGCAGAAUUUCAAUGGUGUGAAAUAGACUUUUUCAUAUAUUUGGACUUGUAAGGGAAGGCAGAGUGCGAGUAUAAACGCUGUUUUUUGUUUUGUUUUUGUUUUUUUGUUCUCAAUUGCAAACUUAAAGAUCGCUUGUUCCUCUUUACCUCGGAUCUCGUCUUCAUUUAUCCACGCAGUCCUCAGGAAAACACAGAUAUCCAUUCGGGAGGGCGUAUAAUGCAUCCAUGAUCCACAGGAAUCCCGAAUCCUUGCAGCUGAUUGGCUGCUGGUUCUGCCUCUUGUUGGGAUGGACCUGUUGGAUAAAAGGACCAUUUUCUAAAGGGCUCUUGUGUGUUACGCAGAGGAUCAUGCACUGGGGACCGUCCUGUUAGACGCCGUGAUAAGAAACAGGCCUUUCAAGGAACAUCGGAGACACUAUGACGGGGAAACAGGGCUCCGUGUUGUCGGAAAGUUUAAAUCUAUCGGAGAAAACCUCUCUGGGUGUUAAUGGAGGGAGUAACAGCCACCAGCCGAAGAGCGGCGCGACCAAUCCACCGCCCAGGUGCACCGGCUUCGGCAUCCAAGAGAUACUGGGUCUGAAUAAGGAGCCAUCCGCAGCCCCGAGGAGCCCACUGGCCUCGCUGCCGGCCGGGGCGCACCUUAUCGCCGCCAGGUCCAUGCUGGGCCCCGCCGUGGGUGUCGGGAUGGGAUUAAUCGGCCCUGGUGGGAUUCCAUCGUUUUACAGCCAGCCAGCGUUUUUGGAGACUGUGCUGUCUGACGGGCAAGAUGUUCACCUGCAGCCCCACAGCAGGUCCGUGGGCCCGCUGGACACCAGCCAGUCUGCCAGCUCAGACUCUGAAGAUUUGUCUUCUAAUGAACGAAAACUCUCCAAGUCGUCAGUAAGUCAGAGCAAGAAAAGGAAGAAAAGACGCCACCGGACCAUAUUCACCUCGUAUCAGCUGGAGGAGCUAGAAAAGGCAUUUAAUGAAGCGCACUACCCGGAUGUUUAUGCCCGAGAGAUGCUGGCCAUGAAAACAGAGCUACCUGAAGACAGGAUACAGGUGUGGUUUCAGAACCGGAGGGCCAAGUGGAGGAAGAGGGAGAAAUGCUGGGGUCGCAGCACAGUGAUGGCUGAAUAUGGACUGUAUGGAGCCAUGGUGAGGCAUUCAAUACCUCUGCCAGAGUCCAUCCUCAAGUCUGCAAAGGAUGGUAUCAUGGAGUCCUGCGCCCCCUGGCUGCUUGUCCAGGAUGGCUUACCAAUCAACAGACGCUAUUCUAAAUCUGAAUACCCGCAACUCUUUGCAGGGAUGCACAAAAAGUCCAUGGAGGCUGGAGCACCCCCGCCGUCAGGAAAGGGCGAUGCACCCCAGCAGCCGAGCUCUCAGAGGGCAGAAGACGCCGAGGCCGAGGAGAAGAGGUCAGAAGGCAAGUCCGUCAUUUCUAAAGAGGAACUGAGAGAGAACAGCAUUGCCGCGCUCAGGGCAAAAGCACAGGAGCACAGUGCCAAAGUGCUGGGAACAGUUUCUCAUGACAGACAGUUGGAGGGCAAACCGGAGAGACAGGAAGCCGAGGAGAAGGCCAGCGAUCCCCUGAGUUCAUCAGAGGAGCAAAAAAGUCCAUAGAGACUGUCGAAUUCACUGAGGACUCUUGUUUUCACGAGUGAACGCAGUGGUCUGGCUGCUUUAAGCAUGGACUUACCUGGUAUGACUCGCUGUCCUGCAGAUGGCCUGCAUCUGGACUCCUUUAAGGAGAAAACUCAUCUGGUUUGCUGCUGCACACAAGAUGCAAAUGCACUUUUCCCCCUCCCUGAUUCACUUCAAAACAUACAGCUGUUGCUUGAUCAUCAUAGAGAAAGGUUGAAAAGAGCAAGAGUGAGAAAUAUCCCUGUAUAUAGAUCCCACAAUUAUAUAGAGACAGCCAGAUGAGCAGAAUUUCAUCCAGUGCAACAUGAAGUACUUGCAACGAGCAGUCAGUGUGUCAAAGUCUGCAUUUCAUUUUAACCUUUGCUUGUACAGUUACUAAGUGCUGACGUUUUAGAUAAGAGCCGCCCCACCGACAGAACUCUUUCAAGAGAAAGAAAGUAAAUGUUGUCCUAUAUCGUGCUGUAAAUAAUUGAUAUAUUAAUCGCUCCCACUAAAGACACAAAUUUGAAAUAUGUUUUCAUGUAGUCUUAAAAAUGUUUGUGUUUUCAUUUCAAAAUAUGUAUCACUCAAAAUACAAAGCAUAAAAUAGAAAUCACUGUUUAUUAAAU